AUGAAAUUAAUCGAUAAUUUAACAAUCGAGAGACGCGUUACACUCGAUGACCCGAUCGACGUGCAAUUACACGGUUUCUGCGACGCGAGUCAAUCUGGUGACGGCGGCUGUUUCUAUGUAAGAUCGCGAGAUAAAUUCGGUAAUACGCGCGUACGUCUACUUUGCGCUAAAAGUCGCGUGGCUCCUCUUAAGGACACCACCAUACCACGUUUAGAAUUAUGCGGAGCAUUGACACUCGCGCGAUUAUAUAGAGAAGUCCGGACCGCCGACGGAUUAAAACCCGACAAGAUAACGUUCUGGUCCGAUUCGAUGAUUAUAUUAGGUUGGCUGAAAAGAGACUCCGGUACGUUGAAAAUAUACACGGCAAAUCGCGUGCGCGAAAUACAAGAAAUCUGUGAAGGUAUCACAUGGCGACAUGUGCGAUCCGAAGACAACCCAGAGGACGCUUUAUCUAGGGGACAACUCCCACGCGAUUUCCUGAAGAACAAGGUAUGGUUUCACGGACCAUCUUGGCUCGAGCGACCGGAGGCCGAGUGGCCAGUCCCGACUGAAAGAGAAAUUCUCGAAUUGCCGGACGUAAAGAGACUAUCGGUACUAACGACGCGAAUUGAAUCAGGAAGCAUAUUUCAGCGAUUCUCUAGUUACACGCGAUUAUUAAAAAUUGUAGCCCAAUGCCGACGAUGGCUUAAAACUAACUCAUAUAAGGGAGAAUUGUCUACCGCAGAAAUAACAGAAACGGAACGACGCGUUUUAAAAUUCGUGCAAGACGAACAAUUUCACGCCGAAAGAGAAAGGCUGAAGACAGCGGGGGGAGUCAAGAGCACAAAGCUCGCCGUGUUAAAUCCGAUCCUUGACAAAGAAGGUUUAAUUCGAGUGGGGGGUCGACUUCGAAACGCAAAUUUAAGUUUCCACGAGAAAUGUCCGAUAUUAUUGCCCUCACAUCACCACGUCACCGAUCUCAUUAUCCGAAGGCUCCAUGAACAAAACUUUCACGCCGGUAUACAGACUACCCCCUAUGCCCUUCGACAACGUUUUUGGCUCCUCGACGGCAAGAAUCAGGUGCGAAGAAUCGUACGUCAUUGCGUACGUUGCAUCCGAUUCCGUGCGUCCGGCAUCCAGUAUAAAAUGGGAGAUUUACCAAGCUCACGAGUGCAGGAAGCCACUGCAUUCUCCCAUGUCGGAGUAGAUUUCUUUGGCCCAAUUUACGCGAAAGAAAAGAAGCACCGUAAUAAAGGUCGCGUUAAAAUAUACGGGUGUAUUUUCAUCUGCAUGACCAUCAAGGCUGUACACAUCGAACUAGUCAGCGAUCUGACUACAGAUGCCUUUUUAGCCGCUUUCAGGCGUUUUGUGAGUCGAAGAGCUGUUCCAACUCAUAUUUAUUCGGAUAACGGAACAAACUUUGUCGGGGCUAAUAACCAGUUAAGGGAAUUAUACGCCUUGAUUGAGUCGAAAGAAUAUAAAACAAAGGUCCAUAAUUUCGCAGUAGAUCAUAGAAUAUCAUGGCAUUUUAAUCCUCCUUUAUCACCUCAUUUCGGAGAUCCGAAUGACGUGACAGCUCUAACACCUGUACAUUUUUUAGUUGAAAGACCUAUUACGACAUUGCCAGAGGAAGAUUAUGCUAAGACACCAGCUAAUCGAUUGUCUUCGUGGAAACACAUCACGAAGUCGGUUGUUACGUUUAAGUGUGGUUACGUGAGAUUAACUGACUUGGGUGUUGGGAGUACCGGUAAUCAUAAAGAUUUGGGGCACUGGAAUGAGCCAAUGGGAAGUCAGGAGUGCGACAGCUGGGGGUAG